UCACCUUGCAUGCGCAUUAUUUUGUGCGCGAAGCACGCCAUUUUGCUGAACUGAAGUCUAAUCGGGAAAAGGCCGUAAGGUCCUAAUCUAAUAACAUCCUCUCAGCUACAGAGGAAAAUGGACCAUCAAUACGGCAUAGCUGUAAAUAACAAAUUUGCGCUCUUCCUAGACGAAGAGGAAGACCCAUUAGAAGUUUUAUCAAGGCAGGAGGAGCAAACUAAGAACAAGAAAAAAGAUGGAGAAAAGAAGACCACGAAAUCGAAACAGAAAAAAACACCUGUCGUCGAGACGAAAGCUAAAGUGCCUGAGCCGCCAGUUGUGAAAAAAGAAGAGAAAACAGUACCUCCUAGGCAAAGUGACAGGGGUGGUAGAGGUUCAGCAAACAGGAAUAGGGAGCCUAGAGAAAUCCGUGAUAAUGAUGGAGAAAAGCGCCCUCCACGAAGACAGGGACCAAAAGAGAACCGUGAGGCCAGGGUAGGAGAUGAGAAUGUACCUCCAGAGUUCAGGGAACGACCUGAAGGUUUUAGGCGAAGAGAAGAUAGAGGUGAUCGUGAAGGUGGUUUUGGUGGUGAAAGGGCUAGGGGCAGAGGAAGAGGUAGGGGGAGAGGACGUGGUGACAGGGGAGGCUUUGGCCCAAGAGGAGGUUUUGGUGAGCGCAGUGAUAGAAAGCGCGAGUUUGACCGUCACAGCGCCUCUGAUAAAACAGGUGUCAAGCCUGUUGAAAAGAAAGAAGGGGGUGGCUCAUACAAUUGGGGCAAUUUCAAGGAUGAUCUUGAAGAACCAACCCCCCAGAAUGAAUCUACUGAGUGGGCAAAUCAAACAGAGCCUGGAACUGAAAACCCUGAGCUUAAUGAAAGUGCUGAGGGUGAACAAGCUCCCGAAGAGGAUCCUCAACCACAGGAAAUGACCUUGGAUGAAUGGAAAGCGUUACAGACACAAAACAAACCCAAGGCAGACUUCAACAUUCGCCAAGCUGGUGAAGGUGAAGAUACCACCAAGUGGACUAAAGGUCGUGAAUACCACAAGAAGCAUGAAGAGGAAGAUGAUGAAGAAGAAGAAUCUGAGGAAGAGGAAGAUGAGGAAGAUCGUCAUGCUCGUGGCAAACAGUUGGUAACUGACAUCCGCAUUACCUUCAAUGAUAAUCCAAGACGUGGCAGAGGCAGGCGUGGUGGCCGUGGAGGUGCUGAAAGAGGUGGAUUGGAGCGUGGACGUGGUUCCCGUGGUGGUCCACGAGGAAUGGGUGGCAAGCCCAGAGAGUCUGCUCCUCGCUUUGAUGAUGAGGCAGAUUUUCCCUCACUUGUCAAGUCUGCUGCUUAACCAGACUAGCACAUUCAAUUUGCUUAGUUUGAUAACUAAGAUCUUAUCAAGAUAUUUUAUUUUUCACAACCUGGAGAAUCCAGCUUAAUUUGGAAAUAUCUACAAGUUCUUGAAAAACUUUUUGUACAUAUGUGACGACUGCCACUGGAAUUUAAUAAUUGUUGAGACUUUACUGAGAAUGUUUUUCACUUUAAUAUGUUGCAAGAAAGUUUUGCAGAUAGUACAUUACCUCUUCAUGCGUGGUGGGCUGAUUUUAUGGAUUAGUUGUGUGGGUCAUCAAAGGUCAUAUACUAAGUACAUGACCUGGUAUUUUUUGGCCAAGACUGACCUAGUAGAGACUAGACUGUUUACCACUGAUGACAUAAUUAUUUAAAGUGUUCUUUGCUAUUACUAAAGAACAGUCUGUCCAUAAAUUUGCUUAUUCCAUACAUCAUGUACAUUUUGCUCCCACGUUGACAAAGGUAUGUUAGUGUGAUUUUCAGUACUGGUACAAAUGCUGUAUGACUUGUUCAUCUCAUGGGUCAGAUUAAUCAUUAGACAUUUCCUGCAUUCAUUUUUUUUUAACAUGGAUAGAUGUAUUUUUUUAAUGUGGAAAAGUAUUCUAAAUAAUGUAUUCAUUAUUGAAAGGUGGUAGAUUUAAUACUUUUUAAGGCUGUAUUUGUAAGGUCAGGAAUGGUUGUAUUAUAUUGUUUUAAAAUAGCAUGGGACUAGCCAUUUUAUUUUAGACUUCAUUUUCUACUUCAAUUUGGUUUUUAAACAUAACUUGCUGAAACAAAUUGUUAUACAAGUAAGAUAUGGAGCUUGAGUGUGAAGCAAAUGUGUUCUGCAAAUAUUGUGUUAUGUUGAGUGUUGCAUUUGAGAUUGUCCAGUGUAAUUUGUGUGAUUUGUUUUUGACAGAAAAUUAAAUUAAUAAAUAUCCCUUUA